UAAAACACUUUAAAUACUGUGGCUGACUUACCCUACACAGCCCAGCGGUCUGCCUCCCCAGUUGACAUGAAGGCUCUCCUUAUUCUGGGGCUUCUCCUCCUUUCUGUCACCACCCAUGGGAAGGUCUUUGAAAGGUGCGAGUUGGCCAGAACUCUGAAGAGAUUUGGAAUGGAUGGCUACUGGGGAAUCAGCCUGCCAAACUGGGUGUGUUUGGCCAAGUGGGAGAGUAGUUAUAACACACGAGCUACAGACUACAACCCUGGAGACAAAAGCACUGACUAUGGGAUAUUCCAGAUCAAUAGCCGCUACUGGUGCAAUGAUGGCAAAACCCCAAGAGCUGUUAAUGGUUGCGGUAUACCCUGCAGCGCCUUGUUGCAAGAUGACAUCACUCAAGCUGUGACUUGUGCAAAGAGGGUUGUGACAGACCCACAAGGCAUUAGAGCGUGGGAGGGAUGGAGAAAUCAUUGUCAACACCGUGAUCUCACUCAGUACGUGCGUGACUGUGGAGUGUAACUGCAAAUUUUUCCUUCUUGAGCUCAUGUUGUCUCUUUUUCAUGUGAAGGGAGUGAUAGUUAAGCGAAAGGUAACAGCACCGUUGUUUCCCUUCAAAUAAAAAGAAUCUUUACAGCAGCAAAAGCAAAAUAUAUCCUUUCUUCUCAGAGCCUUGAUGUUCAUUAAUGUGUUUGUCAUUUGAUAUUAACAUUUUUCAGUUUGCUAA